AUGUGGUCGUCGACGACAAAGCUGCCGCCAAGGACAAGGACAAGAAGCACAGACGUGCCUCCUCCACCGCCGAAGGCGUCUGCAACAUCAAGGAACUCGGAAAAGAAGAUCGAAUUGACUCUGCCCAUCGAAACACAACGCACGGGAUGGAAGCUCAACACCUCCCCGUCCACUGUCGAAGACAAGGACAUUCUCAAGCUCCCCCUCGUUAACCCCCCUGUCAAGAAGAUCGACCUACGCUUCCCCCUGGGGCUGGAGGUCACGGCCCGCAACAUGAAGGGCGUCACGAUAAAGGAUGCGCUGGACGCAAUCUACAAGCAUUUCAAGAAAACGCCGGACGACGUCAUGACCGAUCCCUACCUCAAAGGUUUUGAGUGGGACAAGGAUGAGUGCUGGACACGCCUCAUUGUCCACCAGACCAAGCAGGGACCCCCCGUCCAGACCAGCAGCAAGAAAUCCAAGAAGAAGAAGAACGAAGACGCAUAG